ACUUUCUUGGGCUUCAUUCGCGCUCGUCGUUACCAUGAAAGCGGUUCUCUGCGCGAUUUUCGUUGCCUUCCUGGCCACGCUUGGCCACAGUUUGCCUGCCCAGCUGCAGGAGGAGACCCAGGGAUCCUUUGCCGGCAAGGUUUCCCAGCUCAUCGCCCUGCAGCUCUUGAAAUUCAACAAGGACAUCGACGCCAACCAGGUGCACUCUCCCCUGGGAGUGGCCUCCAUCCUGGCCGUUUUGGCGGAGGCCUCCGAGGGCGACACCUACUCCGAGUUCCAGCAGGUCCUCGGCUACCCCAAGGAUCGUGACCAGCUGCGGGAUGCCUACAGGAGGAUUCUGGGCAGCUACCAGAACAGGGAUGCCGCGGUGGCCCUGCCGUCCUUCCAGACCUGGCUGUACAUCUACCGCAACAACAGCGCCCGCGCGGAGUUCCAGGACCUGCUCCAGAAGCACUACUUUGUGGAUGUGAAGGACAUCAGCCGACAGGAGUACGACUGGAACGAGCCCAACACCUCGCUGCAGCUCUCGGAGGAGAAGGAGAGCGGCGUCUCCGCCGAGGGAAGCACCGAGCAGAGCAACAGCAAGGACGUCAUUGGGUUCGAGACCCUCAAGAGGAUCAAUCUGGACGACGAGGACAUCCCAGCCAUUCCAGCCGACGGCUACGGCCAGGAAAUCAUCGACAAAGAGGCCUCCAAGUUCGACCGCGACAUCGACGACAAGCAGUAUGUGGAAAAACCAGUUGCCCAGGCUGAGGCCGAGUUGCUGCAGAAAGAACAGCAGCAGGCCACCACCACGGAAUCCGAGGAAGCCACCACCAGUCUCGCUGUGGAAAAACAGGAAAAACCAGACGUGGCAGCCGAGGAAAAUCCAGCUGAGAAGCAGCAGAACAAGCGCAGCGACCAGGAGGAGAGCCAGAUCAAGAACCUCGAGGAGAACGAGACGGUCCAGGAGGAGGAGAAGCUGGCCAAGAUCGUGGCCACUCCCGCGGUGACCGCCAGUGAACCCGAGAAGGUGCGCCUGCCCCUCCAGAAGCUGGAGAACGCAGUCAAGUCGGUGGUCAAGGAUGGCGGCGACGAGAUAAUGCUCGCUUUGGAGUCGCAGCUGGCAUCCGUCAGUCGGGUCUAUGGAGCCCGUAGUUUGUUCCGGCAGGACGACAUCGCCUCCGCCUUGAGUGCCAACUCCAUCACUGGUCGCUCGGCGGGAUCCAAGUCCAAGAUGCUGCUCUUCAACGGACUCUACUACCGCGGCAGCUGGGCGAACCCCUUCUACCAACUGAGGGACGGCAGUGACGAGUUCUUCUUCAUGACCAACGAGGACGCGAUGAAGGCCACCAUGAUGCACGCCCGCGGGAAGUUCCAUGUGGCGGACCUGCCGCAGGUCAAGGCUCGAGUGCUGAGCCUUCCCUAUGAGACAUCUCGGUAUGCCUUGUGCAUUGUGCUGCCCGACGAAACGGAGGGACUGAGCGACGUGAUCUCCCAGCUGCAAGUUAGCGACUUCCUGCUGGCCAAGAAGCAGUUCCAGAUGAAGGACCUGCACAUUUCCCUGCCCAAGUUCCAGGUGGAGGAGACCUCCCGCUCCGAGGCGAUGCUCAAGCAGAUGGGCCUGAAGAAGGUCUUCUCGAGGACCGAGGCCCAACUGGGCCUGCUCUCCGAGGAUCCCGACGUCCACGUGGACGAGAUAGUGCAGUUCGUGAAUGUCCGCGUGGACGAGGGAGGCAGCAGUGCCAACUCCCUGUCCGCAGCCACAAUGCAGGCCCGUUCGCCCAGCGCAGAGUCCACUGUACUUCCCGUUCCGGAGCCAGAGCCCGAACAGCCGGGAGUGGAGCGCUUCGAGGUGAACCGCCCCUUCGCCUACUUCAUCGUGGACUUCCAGGAGUGCUUCGUUCUGGCCUCCGGAAAGAUCUACACGCCCGAGUUCAAGGAGGACCUGCCGGGAGUUUCAGUCGAGGUGGAACUCGAGCAGUCUUAGUCUGCCAGCUUAGCCUACCAUAAGUUUCGUAACGAAUUUUCACCGAUCCAUGCAAUAAACGUGCACAAUUCAUUUCCCAA